UUUAUGCAGUUGCCAUAGCGACUCUUGUAGCCUUCAGUUUCAAACAAUCUAUUUCUUUUAUUGUCUAAUAUAAUUCAACAUGCCUCCAAUUGAAGGGCCGCCUUUACAAGAUAACUAUGAGAAAAGCAUUGUGUUUGACCAGUCGAAAAAUGAGCUGUUUAAAAUUAAUGACAACUACAAAGGACUACACAGGAAGAUAAAGGUGAACUGGAAAGUUGAAGUUAACAAAGACGAGAUAACCCCAGAAGUCCUUAAAUAUGCAGCGGUGUUUAUCAUACCAAGCCCAAGGGAAAAUUUCACGGAGAACGAGUUCAACACACUCAAAGGCUAUCUGGACGGUGGUGGCUCGGUUUUAGUAACCCUAGGAGAAGGUGGUGAAAAGAAAUUCGAAACCAACAUCAACUACUUACUUGAAGAAUAUGGAAUUAUGAUUAAUAGUGAUUCUGUCGUCAGGACACAUUAUUAUAAAUAUUUUCAUCCUAAAGAAUGUCUCAUUCCUAAUGGAGUAUUAAACAGAGGAAUUGCUAAACUUCUUGGGAAAGAAGUCAAUAAAGAUUUUGUACAGUGUCUUAGUUUUGUAUACCCUUAUGGUGCGACAUUGAAUACAGCAAAACCUGCAGUACCAAUACUCUCAUCAGGCCCAGCAUCAUGGCCUUUGAACAGGCCUGUUUGUGCCCUUGCAUCAUUAUCGACCACUUCUAAAGUUAAAACUGGAGGAAAGAUUUGCGUUCUAGGUUCUGGCUAUGUAUUUGCUGACAAAUACUUGGAAAAAGAGGACAACAGUCAAUUGUUAAAUGUUAUAACGACAUAUUUGACGACUGAAAAUCUUGAGUUGAAUCCAAUUGACACUGAGGACCCUGAGGUAUCAGAAUACACCGUGGUAGCAGAUACUUGUGCCAUAUCUGAAAAAAUCCGAGGUUGCCUAAUUGAAACCACAGAAGAUCUCCCAUCAGAUUAUAUGAAUUUGUUUAACACUGAUUCUUUCUAUUGGGUUUCGCUUGAUCACGUUGCAAGUGUAAUCAAUGCUUACAACGAGCUAGAUGUGCCUCACAGCAAUCUUAAACUAGCAGUUCCCUCUUUUGAAGAAUCUGUACCAAAAUUAGAGCCUGCAGUGUUCCCACCACGAUUUUUAGACCUGGGCCCACCUGCUCUUGAAUUGUACGACUUGCAGGAAGAGUUUUACUCAGAAGUGUCUCGUCUAUCGCAAACGGCAAACAAAAUACUCUCAACAUCAUUAAAAAACGCUGAAAGGACAGUUGGUGAAAGAAGGCCACAGGUUGAAGCUGAAAUAGAAGAUGUAGAAUAUUUUACACUGGAAUGUGCUCAAAUUCUUGGAAUAAAUAGCACAAAUGUUCGAUCGAUACUGUGGCAAGUUUCAUUGCUUAUAGGAAGUUUCAAAAAGAAUCUCCACAAGUGAAGAAUUAAUAAAAAAACAAAUUAUACAUUAUGUGAUAAAUAAAAAAACAAUACUUUUGUUAUACAGCAAAAGCUGAAACAAAAUUACACAUAUAUCAAUUGAAAAUUGUUUUAUUCCUUAUUUA